AUGCUAUGGUUAUUUCUUAUACUUCCGGUGAUAAGCGUUACAAGUCGUUCAUUUAAAGUUUAUGAUAAACCGACACCAACAGCUAUAUCAGAUCGUUUAAUUGAAUUAGUUACUCAAGGAGCUUUCCGUGGUGUAACUUAUUAUCGUUUAGCAGCAUUAGCUGAUACUAUUGGUCCUCGUCUAUGUGGAAAUGAAUCAUUAACACAAGCUGUUGAUUGGGUAAGAAAUGUAAUGAUAAGUGAAGGUUUAGAAAAUGUUCAUGUUGAACAAGUUGAAAUACCUCAUUGGAUACGAGGUGAAGAACGAGCUCGAUUAAUACAACCACGCUAUGCUAAAUUAUCCAUGCUUGGUUUAGGUAAUUCCGUUGGUACAGGUCCUAAUGGUAUUCAAGCACCAGUACUUGUUGUUCGUUCAUUUGAUGAAUUAACUGAAAGAUGUGCUGAAGCUCGAAAUAAAAUUGUUGUUUUUAAUCCACAAUGUGAUUGGAUAUCAGAACCAUUAGCUUGUUAUGGUCCAGUUGUUGCUUAUCGUUCCGGUGGUGCAUCACAUGCUGCUAAAUGUGGAGCAUUAGCAUCUCUUAGUCGAUCAGCUGCAUCACAUUCAAUUGAUUCACCACACACUGGCAUGAUGACAUAUGAUCCAGCUUAUCCAAAAAUUCCGGCAGCUUCUCUUUCAGUUGAACAUGCUGAUAUGCUUGACCGUUUUCAACAACGAAAUCAAUCGAUAGAAAUUUAUCUUUAUAUGGAAGCACAAACAUUACCUAAUGUUAUUGGAUAUAAUCUUGUAGCUGAAAUUAAAGGUUCAUCUUUACCAAAUGAAACAGUACUUGUUAGUGGUCAUCUUGAUAGUUGGGAUGUUGGUCAAGGUGCAAUGGAUGAUGGUGGUGGUGCAAUGAUAUCUUGGACUGUUUUGUCUUUACUUCAUUCACUUAAUAUUCGAGCUAAACGAACAAUUCGUUGUGUUCUAUGGUCCUGUGAAGAAUUCGGUGGUAUUGGUGCUGAUCAAUAUUUUACUGCACAUGAAAAUGAAGUACCAAGUAUGAGUAUUGUUAUGGAAUCAGAUCUGGGAGUAUUUCAUCCAUAUGGUCUUCAAUUUAAAGGAACUAAUGAAUCACAAAAAAUUAUACAAACAAUAUCUCAACAAUUAAGAUCAAUUAAUGCAACUCAAGUUGUACCAAAUGGUGAGGGUACUGAUAUAGGUCCAUGGUUAGAACGUGGUGUUCCUGGUGCCUCACUUUUUAAUGACAAUCGAAAUUAUUUUGCCUAUCAUCAUUCAAAGGGUGAUACAGUCAAUGUACUCAAUUCAACUGAUAUAGAUUUAGCUGCUGCUGUUUGGGCUGUUUAUGCUUAUGCUAUUGCUGAUCUAGAUAAUCUUUUACCACGUUAA